UGAGGCGCGUGCGUAAAGUUACCUCCACAUCCUCAAAUCUGUCUCUCGGGUUCGUGGGGACCUUGGGUCUCGUGGAGAAGGACACACCGGCGAGGAGCUCGCUCACAUCUGUCUCCAGAAUUCUCAAUCCGUCCGUGACGGUCCAUCCCGUAUCACAUAUGUUCUGCUGAGGCCUGUCACCUAAUCGACAACUAACGAUGUCAACCGGGUCGCUUAGCGACGUCGACGACGAGCUUCUGGACGGCAUCCUGAAGUUCGGCUCUUCCAGUAAAGACUCCGGUACGUCGAACGAGAGCACUGGGGAGAGCUCAAACUGUGAGGGAGGUUCGAAUAACGACAAAGUUGCCCCUGGGAAGAAACGGAAAACAACGUCGGGUAGAAAAACUGCCUUAAACGGCGUGGCGCAUGAGGGUUGCGGUGGCGGCAAGCACGUACAGAGGAACGCGGCCAAUGCACGAGAAAGGGCAAGGAUGCGCGUGUUGUCCAAAGCUUUUUCCCGGCUGAAGACAACUUUACCGUGGGUCCCGCCAGACACCAAACUGUCCAAACUGGACACGCUCCGCCUGGCCUCGAGCUAUAUCGCCCAUCUACGACAGAUCCUCGCCAACGAUAAAUACGAGAACGGAUAUAUUCACCCUGUCAACCUGACGUGGCCAUUUAUGGUCGCCGGUAAACCGGAGAACGAUUUGAAAGAGAUGCUGAACACCACGCGGUUGUGUGGAACCACCGCCUCGUGAUGUACCGGAUGGGGAUGGACAUUACCGUUAUUACCGUUAAGAGUUAACGGAUGGACAAUAUAUUUUCAGAUGUGCAGAAAUGCACUUCAUCUCUCCUAAACCAAAUGUGGAGUGGGAAUAACCAGGAGUGCAUGAAAACUCUCGCGCGGGUUGCUGUACAGAGAAACUGAUUUUAUAUUUAACGUGUUCACUUGUUGUCUUUGCUGGUUCGAGGACAUUUGAUGUGUGUGUUUUGUACUCGUUUUUUAUUCUCUUAAUAUGCUUUAUAAAACUAUGUCACAAUAUUAUUUUCACCGCUUUGGAAGCGCACGUGAAAAUAUGGCCAAUAGGCCUGAUCGAGGAGACAGAUUUUAUGUAGGGCCAAAUAAAAUAUAUUCAUAUUAUCUUAUAAAUGUCUUACGCGGUAUUUUGGAAUAAUGUGAAUUUAAAUUCCAGGCUACAGGACACCUUGUAUUGUGUAUUUUAUCCUCCCGCGGACCUUUGACCCCAGCUAUCUUGACCAAUCCCUCAAAUAUAACGGCGCAAAACUCAAGGAGCGACAAAAAGCACCAAGGAAAUUAGAUAAGCGCGUGGGUCCAGGCCAGUGUGUUUUCUUUAUCUACGAACGUUAACAGUGGAUACGUAUUAUCUUGAUACGCCUGACAAUGGAUAAACAAACAUCUGCCAUCAAUUCCAACAAAUGAUUAUCUGGAAACUAUACUAUAUAGGCUAUAUUUUAAAGAUAUAUGGUUGGCUCAGGUAGAGACUUUGUGUUUAAUUCCGUAUAAGGUUUAAAUAAGAUGUUUUACAAAUCCCAUUUUACAUCGACGUUGUUACAAAUUGCGUUAUAUGUUGUUCACAAGGGAUUCUUAAUAUAGAUGUUGAUAAAUGUUUUAUGUUGUAAUAGGGGAGUUUUGUCGGUUGGACGAUUUUAGGGUCAGCUAUUUUGAAAGAGGUAGAUGUGCGCUCGGUGCUUAAUCCUGUUCCAGACGCCUUGUUUAAUUCACACGGGUUAUGACCGCACUGUUUACACACGGCAGACAGUUAUUUAUGCAGCUCGCCCUGGUGGGAGUGGGAGGGAUGGAGAGAGGGUGAGGGAGAGAGGCCGGGACAGCCCGUGUCACUGUGCAGCUACACUUUGUACACACACACAAACACACACCUAAACUACAAACUCGUGCUCCAUCGGAAGAUAACUCCUGCUUGUGUUGGAGCGAGGAGAACAGAGCGGUUCGUUGUGUAAUAACAAGCUCCUCCGUCCAUCCAUUAGAAGCCUGUUAUUGUAGCGAUCCUUUGGCGGGAAGAAGCUCAUACAGCCCCACAGGGACUUACAGUCAACUGCGUCACAAAUUGCACCCUAUUCCAUUAAAAGAGAACUCAUUUUAACUUGGGACCAAUGAUUAUUUUGCCAUCAGAAAUAGGGCGCUGUUUGGGACACAAUGGACCUCGUUUAAGAGGAGGACAUCCAAGAAAGACACGGCAUCAGCCUUUUAAUGAAAUGUAUUAGUAAUAAUGAAACGCGUAAAAUGCAAAAUAUAUUCGAAGGAAUAGAAUAGAAACGAUCACCUUUUAUUGCCAGGAGUGAUGUGAUUUAAAUCAUCUAACAUUAUUGAAUGUUUCAUGUAAUAUCAAAUAGAAACGAAUGUAAUAUGUUGUACAGAUAUGGCAGAAUUGAAAUAAAAAAGAUAAAAGGUAGUUAAUAUAAAUCAGUUGGAGUGUGUAGGCUUAGCAAUAGUUUUAUUUUGUUUCAGUACAUAGGCCUACUGGAUAUCUAGGCCUGAUUAUUUAACUGCUGGACAUUAACAUAAAUAACAAUCGUAUGAAAAGUUGAGGCAUAUCAAGUCUCACAUACAUAUCAGUUUAAAUUUAUUAAAACCUUGUGUCAAGUGAGUCAAGAAAUGAUUUAUUACGUUUUUAUUAAAUCAUAUAA